UUUUUCUUCGGCGCGGUGAGUAGUAGAGGUUCUAGGGCCGUGCCUUGCCCUUGCUGAUUUUCUGGCCUAGUUUGAGACCUGCCCUCGUCUUCUCUCCGACUUUAUCUGUUUCGUUGCAGCCACUGAAGAUCCUGGUGUCGCCAUGGGCCGCCGCCCCGCCCGGUGGGGGCGUCAGGAUCUCUUCACACGUAGUUCGGAGGCGGAUUUAGUGCCACGUGCCCAAAAGUCGGUGGACGGCAUGAACUGAAUUACUAAUCAGCGAGUUGGCAGUGCCUUGAAUUACCGGUAUUGCAAGAACAAGCCGUAUCCAAAAUCUCGCUUCUGCAGAGGUGUCCCUGAUGCCAAGAUUCGCAUCUUUGACCUGGGGCGGAAGAAGGCAAAAGUAGAUGAGUUCCCACUCUGCGGCCACAUGGUGUCCGAUGAAUACGAGCAGCUCUCCUCUGAAGCCCUGGAGGCUGCCCGUAUUUGUGCCAACAAAUACAUGGUGAAAAGCUGUGGCAAAGAUGGUUUUCACAUCCGAGUGCGGCUCCAUCCCUUCCAUGUCAUCCGCAUCAACAAGAUGUUGUCCUGUGCUGGAGCGGACAGGCUGCAGACAGGAAUGCGGGGUGCCUUUGGAAAGCCCCAGGGCACAGUAGCCAGGGUCCACAUUGGCCAAGUCAUCAUGUCCAUCCGUACCAAGCUGCAGAACAAGGAGCAUGUGAUUGAGGCCCUACGCAGGGCCAAGUUCAAGUUCCCUGGCCGCCAGAAGAUCCACAUCUCCAAGAAGUGGGGCUUUACUAAGUUCAAUGCGGAUGAAUUUGAAGACAUGGUGGCUGAAAAGCGGCUUAUCCCAGAUGGCUGUGGGGUCAAAUACAUCCCUAACCGUGGUCCCUUGGACAAAUGGAGGGCUCUGCACUCAUGAGAACCUUAGCACUACCCCUUCCCGUCCUAUUCAUGCCCACCAAUAAAUCCAACUUCCUGUC